AUGGUGUCGUUCGUGAGCGUCUUGCUCUAUGGAGUUGGCGGAAUUGUGGUAGCCGCCAUGGCAUUGCUCGUCGCUUUCCAGGAAAAGCUCGUCUACGUGCCCGUGCUGCCCGGCCUCACUAAAUCCUACCCCAUCACCCCUGCCCGCCUCCGCCUCCUGUACGAGGAUGUCUGGCUCACCUCAUCUGACGGCGUCCGUCUCCAUGCUUGGUUCAUCAAGUUCGCCUCCGAUUGUAAAGGUCCAACUAUUCUCUUUUUCCAGGAAAAUGCAGGCAAUAUUGCUCAUCGUCUUGAAAUGGUUCGGGUUAUGUUACAGCGAUUGCAAUGCAAUGUUUUCAUGCUUUCAUACAGAGGUUAUGGAGCUAGUGAUGGGUUCCCUUCACAACAUGGCAUCACUAAGGAUGCUCAGGCUGCUUUGGACCAUCUGGUUCAAAGAGUAGAUAUAGACACUUCCAGAAUUGUGGUCUUUGGAAGGUCUCUUGGGGGAGCUGUUGCAACUGUGCUAGUUAGAAACAACCCAGACAAGGUAGCUGCACUGAUACUGGAAAAUACUUUCACAUCCAUUUUGGAUAUGGCUGGCGUUAUCUUACCAUUUCUGAAGUGGUUUAUUGGAAAAGGUGGUUCCAAGGGUCCUAAAGUUCUUAAUUUUCUUGUUCGCUCCCCCUGGAGCACCAUUGAUGUUAUUGGAGAGGUCAAACAACCAAUCCUUUUCCUUUCUGGACUGCAAGAUGAAAUGGUUCCCCCAUCUCACAUGGAGAUGCUAUAUGCUAAAGCAGCUGCACGUAAUCAGCAGUGUUUAUUUGUAGAAUUCCCUACGGGCAUGCAUAUGGAUACAUGGUUGUCUGGUGGUGAUCGCUAUUGGAGAACAAUUCAGGAGUUCUUGGAAAAAACAGUUCCAGAAAAGAAGGAUAGUGGCUCCUCUAAAGCAGGUAUUCCAAACUUCAAGCUGAGGCACCAUCUUUAGAAUUAAUGUGGGGGUUUUGUGCUGGGAUGUGGAGUUUUAGUAACUAAAAUUUGCAGUAACUGAAAGCAAUGUGGUUGAAGAUGGCUGCUACAAUUCGUGUCAUUAAGAGCUUCUCUCUGAGGCACAAAUUUUGUACGACAGAGGUCGGAAGCUUUAUGGUAUAUAUGAGCUGGCCCUGGUAUAUACUGCACCAUUUCCAAUCUAGAAUAAUUGUAUUUGUAUGAACAACUUAGAGAAAAUACUUUUCUUUUAUAGGUAAAUGGAAUUGGUGGCUUUUAGUGUCUAUUAGUUUGGACCUAAUCGUAGUGCAUGCUAAUAUGAACAUAUUUCUUCGUCUCA